AUGGCUGACCCAUUUUCAGCAGCGACCGGCGCCAUCGGAAUCAUUUCGCUUGGGUUGCAAGUCGCCCAACAGCUUGUAACGUACUGCCAAGCAUACCAAAGCUACGACGAGGAUGCACAACGAAUCAAGAGCAGAGCGGAGGGGCUCCAAAGGCCUCUUAGAGCCCUCGGUGAAAUUAUCGAAGAUGCUCGGGUUUCGAAUCCAGAGCUUGCUACUGACCUCGCGGAGAAAGCUUUGGGCCUUCAGAGAAUGGUGAAUAGGCUCAAGGAGACGGUCGAUCAACAUUUGCCGAUCAUCCCAGACAAAUUCCCGAAGAAAAUCAAGGGUCAGCUGAAGAGGGCCAUUUACCCGUUCCGGAGGGAUAGUUUGCGAGGGAUUAUUGAUGACCUGGAUUGUAUUCAGAACGCUUUGCAAACCAGUUUGAUCCUACUUUCAUUGCAGGGAAAUAUCAGGCAAACAUUGAUGCACAGAGCAACUUACCAAGAAGUGCUGCAAAUGUGCAUCGCCCAACAGGAGAAUCUGAAAGUGAUGCCACCUCCGAGUUUACUAAAAGCGUGGUGUGAAAGUCAAAUCAACUAUAAACAAUCAGUCGAAGACAUGCACCACAUGUCGAAUGUCACUCUCGCGGCGUCUGGAAAUUCAAACUCUGAAACCACCAAUUAUGCUGAUUCCACUCUAUCAUGCCGUACUUCCAAUUCCAGGGGAAAAACAGACACCUCUACGAAAUCAUUCAAGUACCUCAGUUCCUUUCUUCGUGUCGCCGUAACCGCAUCUCUCACAUUGUCGAAUGGGGCCGGGGGAUAUUCGAUUGCGCCCACCUUGAACCUACAGACUAUUCGAGAAUACGACGGGAGAUUUUUGGAAUUGACACUCAUGCACUUGCCCAGCUCGAAGAUGUUGACAGCUUCUGAUUUCGACAGAGCCAUCGAGGAUUGCAUUCGUCAGGUUCAACGAGCAUUCGCUGAUGGAAAGGCAGCGCCAUCAGAUAUAUUCUACCACAAAUAUUGUCCCUCCGAUUAUGCUACAACCUCAAUCGUGGAUGCACUGGUACCAUAUAGCUCUGUGACAAAGCGAUUUCAACUUCCCGGUCUCAAUAAGCUUACCAGGUUCCUGGUGAGUAGCGGCGCCUUGCCAAAUAACUCGUCCAAACAAGGAGUCCUCAAAAGCCUGAUUGGGUUCACUUAUUUUCGAGACGAGGAGUACUUGUUGGCCUCGUACCUCGUUGAGCACGGUGGGCCCUUGGUCCUAGACGACGGAUUGUUGAAUCACGUUGAACGACAUAACGUAAAAUACAUUUUGUUGCGGAAUGACGACCUUAUCGUUGUUCCCGAAAUCGCAAAAAUUAUUCUUCAAAAAUCUGAUCAAAAGUUGCGAGAUGGAUUGAAAUCUGGUUAUAUCUCUCCCAAUACCAAAGUGUGCGGCUGCUCCUUACUCCAGUUAGCAUUUGGGUGGCCAACAGGCAUGCAAAUCUUACUGAGAUCAGGAGCAAUUGUUGAAGGUUCGUUGAUUCAAUCCUGGGGGUGUCCUAGCCCUCUCGCUGAAGAGGAUGUCGACUGCAAAUGUUUCUUUGAUUCGACUAGGCUUUUGCUUGAAGCGGGAUGUGAUAUGAAAAUACCGCUCCUACAAGCUGCUGGCUCGGGGCAACUACUGUCCCUCUUCGUGAGUGAGCUAGCUCAGCGGCGGUGGAGACUAUGGAAGCUGGCUCAGUCGUGUCUACCACAAAGGAGACUCGGGGAGUUCGGGUUGAAUCAGGGCACAGUGCCUGACUUGCAUGCCUCGGAAAUAAGUGCGGCAAUUGUGGCUCGUGGCAACACAAUUGAUCGAUCACUUCUUGUGAUGACACAGGAUGCAUCCAUCUACCACCAUCGGACCCUCUCUCCCAGAGUCAUGGAGGAGUUGCUCAAAAUGGGAUUCAAGGAUUUUGACUCACCAAGCUCAACUGGUUUGACCCCCUUGAUGGUAACCUAUGAUUCUUACUUUGGAUGGCAGGCCAUGGCACGAGUGGCGUGGUUUAUUUCUAAAGGCGCAGAUGUCAAUCGCAGACUGCCACGGUCAAGCGCAAAGGUCUCCCAUCUGAUUACAGUCCAAAUCGUCGGGUUUCUUCUGGCUUUAUUGGAUUAUCAAAGGAGCGACGUGAUCAACACUCACUGGUCACGCUGGGAGAACAGGAUUUCCCAAUACAGAGGUAGAAUUUUUGCGUCAAUGUCUAUUAUAGAUAGCUGCAGUUGUGCUUGUUCCCCUCAUGGAUGUACAAAUGUUUCCGUGGCCUUGCGACAGGCGCUGCGUUGGGAUCGGUGGCUCCAGGUCGCUGAUCGAUCUUUCUGGUUCCGACACUUGCUCUACUCCUUAACCGAUUGGGCCCGUUUCGAGCCGUGGGUUAACCGGGCUCUUAUCAGAUGCCUGACCUUUGAUGCACUGGGUCUCAAGCAUACGUGUUGCAUUGAAAUUGACGGUGUGGUUGGAUUACUCGAUCGCAGAGACGCAACUGAGAUGCAGGGCAGAGACCACGGGGAGAUUACAGAGAUCCUGGAGGAGGACGCACAAACAAUUGAAAAGCAUAAGCAGCUUGUCAUUGAUUUCGAAGCGAAAUUCGACGAGCUUGGUCUUUCUAUCCUGGAGUUUCUGGAGGGAUAUUGGCAUACCCACAUGGUCGAAUACCUUCUGGGGGGUGAUCCCUACAACGAAGACCAUGAUGUAGGAGCAAGAAGCAUGGGUGUAUUUUUGCAAGCGGAGGAAAAUGUUUUAGAUAGGGUGUCUCUUCUCAUUGGCGCUCAGGUUAAAGAGGUUGGGGGGAUGAGGACAGUUGGAGUGUGGUAG